GACAUCUUUUGUGUAUACCUUCCACCCGACAUCUAUAUUGCUCAUCGCCUGUACCUACACCAUCAAAAUCCUCAUCUCUGACAUCUCUGUAUCUAUAAUCAUCAAACUUCCGUGAGAAUCCAACGUCGAGGGAUCACGAAAAGAGGAAGAGAAAGAGAAUAUAUAUAAUAGAUAAGGGGAUUAAAGAUGUCUACCGAAGUCCCAAUGUCUACCAUUCCUCCUAAACCUGUAUCCCCUGCCGAAAGUAUACCAGGUGGUCCAAUAACCGCUUUAGAACCAAUUGUCGAGACUACGAUUUUGGAGAAAGCUAAAGGUAUUGCUAAACCUUACAUUGAGAAAGUUCAAGCUACCGCAAAGCCCCUUACGGAUGCUGCUAAGCCAUACACUGACGCUGGGAUUGCUAAAGCCAAAAUCUUGGCCGAGAAAAUCGAACACGUAACUCCUUCCAUGCCAAUGAGCAUCGAAGCUGGUGUUCCUCCCCCCGAGACGGCAUUCCAAAUGAUGGCAGCCGACGAACAAGCCGCCGCCUCGGCUCCUCCGACUCCACUCCCCACUGCUGGGGAAGUGGGCGAAAAGGCAAAGGAAAUGUUUGAACAAGGAGUACGAUCUGUACAGACCGCAUUCAAUCAGAUCACGCACGCCAUCGACGAAAAAACGGCUUCCGAUACUCAUCCAGGUAUCAUCACUCAGGUCACCACGGCUAUACAUACCGGGGUGGACAAAGUAGAGGCUUUUGUCAAUGAGAAGGAUAAGACCAAUAGUAGUAAAGGUGGCAAUGACGCAGAAAUCCCCCUCGCAACUGUUACUUU